AUGUCUCGCUAUCUCAACAAAUAUUUCUUCACUGGUGCCGUAAUUGGUGGAGGCUCGAUGUACUUGUACCAACAGAAACAAGAGAAAAGACGCUUGGAUCUCUGGGCUUCAGCUUAUCGCAAUGAUAACGAAGAUGUUAGUACUGCCAUCAAGAACCGAGCAGAACGUUUGAACCGGGACUUCAAGAGCGAUGCCACGGAAGCAUUUGAUAAGACCAAGGCGUCGAUUAAUGAUGCCAAAGAUGUUGCUGUGAAGAAAACUACUAGCGCCAAAGACUCAGUGGUCGAUGGUGUUUAUGGAGUGAAGAAUGCUGUGGUGCAUACUGCCGAGUACACCAAGGACCAGAUUUCCGGGGAGGCUGCCCAGGCCAAGAAGGAUGCUGAAGCAGCAAAAGAUUCCUGGUUCAAAUGGGGUCAACAGAAAACUGAUGAAGCCAAAGGUACCUUGGACCAGGCAAAGAAGGAUGCUGAUGCGAAAGUGCAGGACUUGAAGAAAGAUGCUGAAGCCACCAAGAGCUCCUGGUUCAGUUGGGGUCAACAAAAGAAUAAUGAGGCCAAGGAAAAAUUGGAUUCUGGUCGCCGUGAUCUUGAAGGAAAAGUUGACGAAAUCACCAAGGAGGCAGAAAAAACUAAACUGUCUUGGUUGAGUUGGGGCCAAAAGAAGUCCGACGAGGCAAAACUGGAGAUUGACUCGAAAUAUGAUCAAUUGAAGACUACUACUAACCUGGAGCUAAGCCAUUUGAGGAGUGACAUUGAUUCCGAGGCUGACAGAGCCAAGAAGAAUGUCGAUGAGUUUGGUGCCUGGAGCAAACGUCAGAUCGAUGAGAAGGCCAAAUUGACCAAAAAUAUCACUGAAGAAGAAUUGGCCAAGCUUAACAAGGUAUCAUUAAGCGGCUGGGGUGAAUCAGCUGCACAAUUUGCGGAAGACGAGUACGAGGAAGCUAAAAAAGCAAAGAAUUAG